AUGGAGACGCAUGUGGACUCGUCGAAUGUGUCAAAGGUUUGUCAGAAAAUUUUUAACGCUUGGUUUUGGACAACGAAUGCGAGUUGCUGUAUAAAAGGUACUCGGAUCAUGCUUGGGUGGGAUCCAAAUGUGGUUGAUGUUAUGGUUCUCUCGCAAACAGAUCAGGUGAUACACACUCAAGUAAUUUUUAAACUAGACAGAAAAUCUUUAUUUUGUUCGUUUGUUUAUGCGGAUAACCACUAUAGAAAUAGACGAGAUUUAUGGCACAACCUGGGUGGUCAUAACUCGUUUAUGAAAGAUAAACCGUGGGUAAUUAUGGGGGACUUUAAUGCCUACUUAUUUCAUGAUGAUACGAGCACGGGUGCUUCCACUUAUAAUAUCGGAUCUCGUGAGUUUAAAGAGUGUGUCAACAACAUAGAAGUUUCCGAUGUUAAUAGCACGGGCGUACACUAUACGUGGACGAAUAAUCAGCGACAAAGUGGAACUAUUUUAAAAAAACUGGAUCGAAUCAUGUGUAAUAUUAACUGUGUUACUGAAUUUCUGAAUGCUAGAGCAUACUUCCAUCCCUUUCGGGUCUCGGACCAUUCACCCUGCAUUCUGAAGUUGCCGAAUGUUUCUAGAGAUAAACCGAGACCCUUUAAAUUCGUGAAUCUUAUUGCUGAGAAACAAGGCUUUUUGGAAGAAGUAAAUCAGAUUUGGAGCAAAGAUAUUGCAGGGUUUCGAAUGUAUCAAGUUGUCAUGAAACUUAAGUUGUUGAAAACCCCGUUAAGAAAGCCAUUUUUUCAGCAAGGUAACCUACAUGAGAAUGUGAAGAUGGCAAGGAAGGAGCUGGACGAAUGUCAGCUUCGUAGGGAUCAAGAUCCGGCAAAUGAUGAUGUGCUAGCUAAGCAUGGUGUUCUCCUUCAGAAAUACAAGGAUGCAGUUCAUGAUGAAGCUCUUUUCUUACAACAAAAAUCUAAGGUCGAUUGA